AUGUCCAGCGCCGUCUCGCAAAAUGACACGACACAGCUACGGCCUCGCGCCGUUCCCCUUCAGUCCGAAAAGUCGGACGUGAGCCUCGCGCCGGUGGACAAGCUGGCCUUGGACAAUAGCGGCCGCUCAACCCCCGUCCCUGAAGAUGCGCCUCCGUCCGCGCACUCCAUCUCCACAGCCCGCAAGCAAGUCCGGGCUCGGAAUCGCCUGUUCUACACAAUCGACUAUGUGCCUCGAGUAUCCCAUUUCGAUCCCGACAGCGACUACCACAACUUCCGCGGCUUCUUUGUGCUGUUCUGGAUCAGCUUGUUUAUCAUGGUCAUGACGACCGUGCUGCGCAACGUCAAGGAUACCGGGUACCCGCUGCGGGUGCGGGUUUGGAGCCUGCUGUCCACCAACGUGGUCGAGCUAGGACUCAGCGAUCUUGCAAUGGUGGUUACCUCGGCGCUUGUUCUGCCUCUCCAGAAGCUUUACCGCAGCGGUCCGAAAUGGCUGCACUGGUCACGCGGGGGUAUGAUGAUUCAAUGUGUUGGUGAAAUGCUCUGGCUCGCGCUAUGGAUCAAUUGGCCGUUCAUGCGCCUAUGGACCUGGACCGCACAGGUCUUCUUCACCCUCCAUACUUUGACCAUCUUGAUGAAACUACACUCCUACGCCUUCUACAACGGCCACCUAAGCGAAACAGAAACCCGCCUCAACGCCCUCGACAAAGGCACCAUCCCGCCCACCUCCCAAACUGCCAUCCACUACCCGGAGCCAAACAGACGCCGGCCGUCCAUGAAGCUCCACCCCGACGAAUCCCACCCAGACGAACCACUCCUCCGUCUGCGCGAGGACCUAGCGACAGAACUAACCUCGCCGCUAGGCAACAUCUCGUACCCGCAGAACCUUACAUCAGGAAACUAUGUAGAUUUCCUCUUCUGUCCAACCCUGUGCUACGAACUGGAGUACCCCCGCCGCCAGGAGCGCCGCUGGGCUGAAAUUUGGUGGAAGACCAUGGCCGUCUUCGGGUGCAUUUUCCUCCUAACGCUUACAAGCGAGGAAUUCAUCCUCCCCGUCCUCACGGAGGCGAAUGUUCAACUCCAGGCUUUCGAUAGCACCGUCGAUAAAGCGCUCAUCCUCGCUGAGACGAUUAGCAUGCUCCUCUUUCCCUUCAUGCUGACGUUCCUCCUGGUUUUCCUGGUCAUCUUCGAGUACGUGCUUGGUGCAUUUGCCGAGUUGACCCGGUUCGCGGAUCGACAUUUUUACUCUGACUGGUGGAACUCUUGCGAUUGGCUCGAAUUCUCCCGCGAAUGGAACGUCCCCGUCCACCACUUCCUCUUCCGCCAUGUCUACUUUCCGUCUCGAUCCCGCUUCUCCCAGCCCGUCGCAAUGCUCAUCACAUUCUUGGUCAGCGCCGUCUUCCACGAGCUUGUCAUGAGCUGUAUCACGAAGAAGCUGCGUGGGUAUGGGUUCGUGGCUAUGAUGCUUCAGCUGCCGAUUGUUGCGGUCCAGAAGUCUCCUUUCUUCAAGGGGCGGACGACUCUUAACAAUGUCUUCUUUUGGUUCUCGAUGAUUUCGGGGUUGUCUGUGAUGUGCGUUUUUUACGUCCUCGUUUGA